AUGCGCCGCGAGUCCGACCAAAGGGCGAGCGGCGGAUCCGGAGUGUCUUCAGGCACCAAGGUGCGAGACUUCGCAUUCGAAAGCGACAAGUCCGACCCUCUGACGUCGGGAAGCGAAUCGGUGGCGAGCAAGUCACAAAUCUGGACAAAAGAUCUGUCUCACACUUUGUGUAAUUGCGCCCUGAAGGUCAGCAGUCUCAACUCGAGUCGGGACAGGUGGGAUAAGCUGGAAGGGAGCGUAGGAAAGACGCGUGUGCCGGGCCUCGGGAACAGGAUCACCGAAUUGUACUACUGGUGUGAUGAGGUGGAAAGGGUUCACCGAUCGCUCAACGCGACCCUCGACGGGGUCGACGACCUGAUCACUCACGACGAUCGAGCCUACAACAGUCCCGCCUACGGUGAUCACGCCUAUCUUCUACCUCUGCAGGAUUCGGAAGCGCACACGCAGUAUGAGAGAUGGAGGCAGGACGUGGUACGUGUGCUCUGCGCUCGGCGUUCGCCUUCUGGCGUGAAGCUGACUUCGCUUUUCCCUGUCAACGUCUCACAUGAGGAUGAUCUGACUGGUCCCGUGCUCGCCGGAUUGACAGGAAGGCUCAUCAGCGAUGCGCGGAGCAGGACGCAGAAGGAGCGAGCGGAGAGCUUCCAGCGCUACGAGGAGGAGAUGGUGGCGAGCUUUAAAACGCCAUAUCGCAACGGUGCCGCCGCAGGAUGGGCCAAGCAAACGGACGCCACUCAAACUCAAAUCGCAUAUCAGGACUUCUGUUCGAGUAUCGCAUCGUUGGAGUCUCGAUUGGGCUUGUCGUGCGUCAGUGGCGGCCUUCUUCCCUUCUACGAGGGAUUGGACUCGGAGGGGCCGGAAGGGGAAGCAGAGCAAGAGGAAGAAGAAGAAGAAGAAGAGGAGACAUCGAUUGUGGCACGCGUGAAGAUCCCUCCCGAGAAGGUGCGCGCCACCGAGGUCCUUCCUCUGAUCACAGAUAUGCUCGAGUCAGCCAUUUUCUUCCUAACCGCGAUGGAAAGGGAUGCACUGGGCGCAGGAGUCCGAUGUGCUCAAGCUGAGCAAGAGAAACGCGACAGGCGGCUAGCACGAGCGACCCGUAAAUUGCAGGAGGCGCAAGGACCCGCUCCGGAAGGUGAUACCGCGGGUGGCGAUGGGACUACUGGCUGA